AUGGAAUCACCUCUCACUGGAUCAUCUCCUCUCACAAGCCCCUCCCCAUCCUUUGACAUCAGUGGAAUACCCGAUAUCGAAUUUCUCGAGGGACUAGAAAUGAAGAGUUUCUGGGAUAUCGAGUACGAGUUGAACGUAUUCGCCAAGACUCAAGGAUACAAAUAUAUGUUGGAUCGAGGUGGUAUUCCCAAAAAUGGUAAAAAAAAAUUCAAAAUGUUUUGCUCCCAUUAUCAUCAUGAUGACUUGGGGAAUGGGGGUACGAAGAAACAUCCAGAACUAGAUACAUCACCUGGAUACGGAUGUCGACAUUACAUUUCAUUUAGAUAUUGCACUGAAAAUCCCAGCGGCGAAGAGAGAAGAGAUAGAGCUUCGGGACCUUUCAAGUUGGAUGAGAAAUGUGGAUCUGGGCUGAUAGAGCAUAAUCAUCCUCCGUCUGAACAUUUUCUGAACCUUAUUGUUCAAAGUCCAGAAGAUAGAAAAUCAAGAUACGUUGCUAGGUUAAACACUCGAUUGAAAAAUAAGGGACUACCUCUUUUCACUCAUCCGAGUCGCGCAGUCAGUACGUCUACGUCACUUUCCGUCAACCACCACGAGGAUAGCGAGAACGAAGAAUACGAUGAGGACAAGGAUAAGGAGGUCCAGGAGCUUGAAGAUGAUGGAGAAAUUUAUGUGAAUAAUCAUUGGGAACGUCAAUCAGACUCAAUGAACAUUAUCCUGGUCAAUUCUAUAACGGAUGAUCUCAACGGUUCGAGUUCCAGAUUCCACGAAUACCUCCCAGAUGGUAAAUCCAGUCCGCUGGAAGAUGGACAACAAGCAACAAAAAACAUCCAAGAGCAGGAUUCUUCUUGGCAAGUAAGUUUCGCAAAAUUGCAAUUAAAUUUCGAAAGGUUCAAAAAGACGAUUCAAGAUCGUGAUGAGGAAAUCAUACAUCUGAAACGUAAGUUGAAUGCUAUGGAGAAUCGAUUAGAAGAGGACGAUGUAGCAGGACUGAGAGAUGAGCGUGAUACGUACAAGAGGAAGUAUGAAGAGUUGAAAAGAAUCACGAAAGAGCAACAAAGCUUGAUGAAAGGUGAUCGAAAAAGAAGGCAAGAGUUUGAAAAAUGUGAGAAAGAUAGUUCGGAUAAGAAAAGGAAAGUGAACGAAAGAUGGUUGGCGUUGUUGGAAGAUUGA